UUCCUCUCUCAUUCAGUUGCCAGACACUCACUCGGCUUAGUUUGACGUGAGUGGCACACACAUUUACAAACCGAACACCACGGAAAGAAGACGUCUUCAAGACAUCUUGCUGACGACAUUACACACACACACACACACACACACACACACACACACACACACACACACACACACACACACACACACGCACACACACGCAUACACACACGCACACACACGCACACACACAUACACACAUACAUACAACCAUACGUACCCCUCUGUGUGUGUUUCUAAAAUAUAUGAAUAAGUUUAUAUAGGAAAAUAUCAAAAUCGCACCACCGGUUGGAAAAGUUAUAACUAUUAUAUACAGAUUUAUAUGUGUGUAUAUAUUUACAUACAUAUUUCGACGAAAACCAAAUCUUACUUUGAAUUCUAUAGACACACAUAAACACACACACACACAUACACAAGCACGUACACAUAAUCACUUGUGAACAAACAAAAUAUAUAUACACAUACAUACAUAUAUGCGUGUGUGUAUGUGUGUGUGUGUCAAUGUGUGUGUAUAUGGAUAUUAAAGUAUAUAUGUAAUGGACAGCGCAGUUGAGGAAUGUCAUUUGGAAAAAUAAAUGAAAAAAAAAACUUGUACACCGAAAUCUAAUGAGUUUUACCAUUUUACGUCGAAGACGAGCUUCAAGUGGAACCAGGAAAAGUAAUUCUUGAGUAAAUACAAAUUUCGUUUCCAAGGAACUAUUUAUAUUAUACAGCUUACACACGAAGACACACAUACACUAAGUUUAUACACAGAGCACAUACACCGAUCUACAUAUAUAUAUACAUAUAUAUACAUACACAAAUACAUACCACAUACACAUUUCGAAUUACAUUCUCAUCACUGACAUACACACACACACACACACAAACACAAACUAUAUUUGUAUGACACAACUAAUAACACAUUCAUUACACAAUAAACAACACACACGCACACACACGCGCAGAAACAAACAUACUGAUAGAUACAUGUACAUCAUAUAUACAUAUACAAGUGUGUCGAGUGUUUAAAAAUGAGAAAAAAGAAAAAAAGCUGGAAUAUACACGCGUGAAAAUGGAGUUAAAUUUACACAGGAUUUGGAGGAAGUAGCCACAUUACCACAUAUAUACCAUCCUGCAAUUUCAUAAAGGUGGAUAAAUGUUCAAAAAAAGUAAUUAAUAAUAAUAAUAAUAAGGAUAACCUUAUAUUUUGUAUUUUACAUACCUGUACGCGUAUAUAUAUAUAUAUAUAUAUAUAUAUAUAUAUAUAUAUAUAUAUAUAUAUAUAUAUUUGUGUGUAUAUACAUGUAUAAUAUGUAUAUAUUUAAAUGGGAAAUAAUCACUACAAUUAAAGUAAAUAAGUAUAUAUAUAUUAUUUUGUAAUUAUAUAUAUAUAUAUAUAUAUCCUCGCAAACACAUCCACACAAGUAUACAUACAUACAUACAAAUACAACUCCAACAAAACAAAAAACAGACGGAAUACUUUUUGUACCUUAGGAAGUGCCAGUGGACAACAUUAACCAAAAUGUUGAUAUCUUUUAUUGUGAGGUGAAGAUGAGUGAUAUAGAUAGAAAUGGUGACCACCUUGUGCGAGUUAGGGCACAGGUCAUGACAAGAGAUGACUCUAGUGGGGGGUGGGUGCCGCUCAAUGGAGGGGGCCUCAGUUAUGUUUGCCUAAAAACAAUUCCAACUGUGAGCAAUGGUAGUGGAGGCAGUGGAAGGGAGGUGGACUUACAUAACGAUUACAUUAUUUAUGGAGAAAGGAUCGUAGAUGCUAAUGAACUGCUUAGUUGUACGAUAAAAAAAGACAUCCAAUACACAGUGGUGAAUCCUAAAUUUCACCACUGGCGGACAGAUGACAAACGAUUUGGUCUUACUUUUGAAAGGUCGGGAGAAGCCCGAGCCUUCAAUCAAGGAAUCAAACAUGUGCUUGCGGAUCUCACAAAAGGUUCUGUGGAUCCUUCCAACAUUACUUUAGAGGGAGAUGAUGAUGUAUUUGAGCCUAUAGAUCUUCCCCUUGACCGUAAAAACAGCUCAUCUCAGUCUGCAAGUACCACAUCAACAACAACUAGCAGUCCAGCACUCUGUUCAUCACCUGUCUCAUCAACAUCACCAACGCAUGAGCAUUUCAUCGACUCAACUACGAAAAACCAUUUGCAUCGCAUUUACAUACCUAGCCUCCACACCCCUUGUACAAAUCCAGCUUCCUCUCCAAGUGAAGAAAAAAGCUUUAGCAAAUCUGACAGCAUUGAGACUAGCAGUUUUGGAAAAGAUGAUAACUGUAUAAAAGAUGAACCUGUCUCUAUCAGUGGAAAAUCGGAAGUUGCCCUUCUAGAGCCGGACAAUGUUGGCAUGUCGGACAGAUAUUCUUAUGUCACGUUUUCCAGACACCAGAAUCAUGAUUAUCACUAUCCCAAUCUUGAGAUAGUUCGCCACCCUCCAGAUCUCAAACGGCAUGCUGUCAGUAGUUAUGGUCCUCCAUUGCCAGAGAAAAGCAAAAGGAAAAAAGAUCGCCAGAAAGGAAACCAUCAAUCAAAUAAGCUUCUCAGCCCAAUGUCCACCUGUAAAUAUUGUCAAGAGAAUUUCUCAGUGGAAAACAACUCCAGAGGGAGCUGUCAGUAUGCACCUGACCGAGUUAAGAGUUGCAUUGAACAUGUAAGCUGUGUCACGUGCGCAACUGGUGUUAUCUAUCACUGUAUGUCAGACACAGAAGGGGAGUACACACAUACAUGCAUUUGUGAUUUUCAGGACGAUAACAAUUGUAAAAAAUGGACAAUGUUGACAUUUCUGUCCUUUUUAUUACCAUGCAUCUGGUGCUAUUGGCCUCUGUUUAGCUGCCAUAUGUGUGGCAAAAAGUCUGGCUGCUGUGGAGGUCGUCAUCUUGCUGGUGGAGAGCAUUGAGAGUGGUUACUGCUGUCACCACAUUCUUGAUACAGUGACAGCAGUAAGUUAUACACUUGAGUGUAGGACAUGCACUUGUGGAAAUGAUGUUAGCAGGUGGAAUCAGCACUUGUUUAAUGAAACAAAGACCACAUAGAAUGUGCUAAUAUAUAUAUAUAUAUAUAUAAAAUUACACACACAUACAUACAAUGUUACAGAAAAGACGAAAAUAAAACAAAAUAUGGGAUGAUUUGAAAGUGUGAGAGAGAGAAAAAGAGAGAAUUGAGUGAGGUGUGAGAAAAAGUGAGUAAUUUUUUUACCUCCUCCAUUUCUUAAGUUGAAGACAGAGAAGCAUUUCCCCCCAGCCCCAAUAAAUAAAUAAAUAAGUAACAGAGUAAAAGAAAUAAAGAUGAUAUUUGGUAUGUAAAGAAA